AUGGGCAGCGAAUUUCACCCGGACGCCGUGCAAGUCAAAGACGAGCAGGAAAUCACCAGAUUCGCCGAGGUGAUCGCCGCCGCCUUCGCCAAUGACGCGCUCAAUCGAUACAUCUACCUGGGCCGCGAGUCGAGACCAGAUCACCCGAAAUUUAAAAACUCCCAGGAGCGAGUCCAGUACUGGGUGAACCUGAUCAAGGGCCGGUUCGAGGCCGGAGGAGUUCUCCUACACACCUACGACUGGGCGGCAGUGGCACUUUGGCUUCGUCCGGGAGUCAAAAAGCCCCGGCCCAGCGGCACCAUCUCCGAGGGGGCGGCCGAAUAUAUCGAAAAGUUUGAAGCCAUGAAGAAGAAGUACCUGGGCGAUCAGCCCUAUUGGUAUCUCAACCUCAUCGGCCGUGCCCCAGGCCGGUCUGAGAAAAGCGCCAUCCGUAACCUCGUGGAACCGAUCAUGAAGAGAGCUCGUGAGGAGAACGUCCCGGCGUGGCUGGAGGCGACCAAUGAGCACGCAAGGGACGUCUAUGCCUACUUUGGCUUCAGGGUGGCAGAGGAAGUGAGGAUAGGACAGGGAGUCGUCAACGCCGAAGGGUUUGCGGAACCAGGGGGCGAGGGCGUGCGCGUCUGGGGCAUGGUUGCCGGCCUUUAG